UUCCGAAACCUUUUGGUGGAGCAAAGACAAGGUCGUAUUGCCUUUCCCAUGUUCGAAAGCAACGGUCGACAUAUUUGUCCCCCGUCCAGCACGCAAUUCUAACCGUGGACUCUCCCCGCGCUCCGCAUAGAUCUUGGGACGGCGGUUCAUCCAUCUCACUAGCUUCGUGAUCCUUCUCCCACCGCAGGAGUUCCUCUUUGUUUUGCGCUCCAACUUUGGCUUCCUUUGCAGCUUGAGGUGAAAGAAUGGCUUCAGCCACGGGCAUACCCGACCAGAGCCUCGCAAAUGAACAGGAACCGCUCCUGGGGAGACCGGGUGACGUCUCGCAGGGCACCCAGCCGAUUUACAACAAUCUGAUCAUCGGCACCGGCGUCGUCGCGCAGGCGGGCAUCUGGAUUCUAGUCGCCAUCGUCUGGGCCGCUAUCUUUUCCCACGAAUUAAUACUGUUCUCCGCGCAUCCGCUUUUGAACUCGGCCGGGCUACUGUUGAUUGCCCAGGGCGCCCUCAUUCUCCAACCGACGCAUACUCCGGAGCAAAAGAAGACAGGAACGUACAUACACGCGGCUCUCAACGACGUCGGUCUGGCUGCGCUACUCUCCGGACUCGUCAUCAUCGAAGUCAACAAGGUCAAGAACGGGCUCCCCCACUUCGAAUCUCCACAUGCGAUCCUCGGCUUCGUCACGUACAUACUUCUCAUUGUGCAGGCUCUGGUAGGAUUUACCCAGUACUUCGUGCCACAGUUGUACGGCGGCGUCGACAACGCCAAGAAAGUCUGGAAGUAUCACAGGGCAAGCGGCUACGUUGUAUUCACUCUUGGACUGGCUACAGUAUCGGCCGCUACUCAGACGUUCUAUAACCAGAAAGUGCUGGACAUCAAGCUGUGGGCCGUUUUAGUGGCAUCGAUCAUCACGUUGGCAGGUAUCAUACCAAGGAUCAAGAAGCAGAAGCUUGGGUUUUCUUGAUUUCAACGGCAUUCUUACCACUCAAAGAGAUUCGAAGAAAUGUACAAAAGGUAGAACUAUAUGUAUGUAUAUAACGUUGGAGUCUUAUUUCGGCGACGCCCCGUUGUGGUGCUUAUGGAGAAAAUACAUCUCUUCUUUUGAUGAGGCCAGAAUUCAAGCUUUUUCACUUGUAAGCCUUUCAAAUUCACAUGUAUUCAAAUGAAAAUUAAGUGCUUAUAUUGUAAAUCGAU